AAAGCAACUUCUCAAUUAUAAAUAUAUAAUUUCCCUAUUUGUUACUUGUGUAUAUAGUUAGACUAGUGUAUAGAUAUAGAAGGUUAGAUAGGAGCGGGUAACGGCAUGAGUUAAGUAGCUGACAAUAAAUUAAAGUGGAACUUAAAUUAGAGGUUUUAAGAGAGAUUUGAGUGCUAUUCUACCACUGGGUCAAUUUUACUUUACAGAUAUCUGCCGUUUCCGAUGUGUCUCUCUAGGAAGUCUUUAUAUCCCAUGGAACUGUUUUUACUGAUACUCAUUCUGGGCUUAGCUUCUUCAAGAAUUGAUUGCCAGAUUAUUUUUGGUCAUGGGGAGAGCUUCAAUGUUCUGGACUAUGGAGCUAUUGGAGAUGGCACAACAAAUGAUACCCAAGCAUUUUUGAAUGCGUGGAGAGAUGCAUGUGGGUCCAGAGUUGAAUCUCCUCUGCUUAUCAUUCCUCAAAACUUCAUAUUUCUGGUCUACCCAGUCACCUUUUGGGGUCCCUGCAAUUCCCAGAAAAUAUAUUUUAUGAUAUCUGGGGAGAUAAUUGCACCUUCUUCCCUGGGCACAUGGAAGGGUAGAGAUGCAAGUGAGUGGGUGGUGUUUAGAGAUGUGAAGGGUCUCACCAUUGAUGGGUCUGGAACAAUUGAUGGGCAGGGGAAGGCUUGGUGGGAUAAUUCAUGUAGAUACCACCCAUCCUUGAAAGGAUGCACAACAUUGGCUCCAACUGCAUUGAAGUUUGUUUCAUGCAACGAAACCUCAGUGAGUAACAUGUACGUGAACAACAGCCCCCAAACUCAUAUACUUGUACUGGACUGCCAUGGCUUCAACCUUCACAACAUCUUCAUAAACUCCCCUGCAGAUUCUGCCAACACUGAUGGCAUUCACAUUCAAUCCUCUCACAAUUUUUCUAUUACUCAUUCCAAAAUAAGCACUGGGGAUGACUGCGUUUCAAUUGGAGAUUACACUUCAAAUGUUGAGAUUAACAAUAUUGCAUGUGGUCCUGGUCAUGGCAUAAGUAUUGGAAGCUUAGGGAAAUCAGGAAAUAUUGUGCAAGUGGAAAGCAUAAACGUCAGCAAUGUUUUCUUCUCUGGAACUACAAAUGGAGCUCGAAUCAAGACAUGGCAGGUUGGCAGAGGAAUCGUCAGAGACGUAAUAUUUGAGAAUCUUUUAUUUAACUACGUCGAGAACCCGAUAAUCAUCGAUCAACACUACUGCAACGUUCCAGAUGCCUGCAAGGACACGGGGAGUGGGGUUAAUAUUAGCAAUAUUGUGUACCGCGACAUAUUCGGAACAUCAAGCACAGAUGUGGCAAUAAACCUCAACUGCAGCAAAUCUGUACCAUGUACUAACAUAGUAAUGCAGUUUGUGCAAUUGUCGUCUGCUACUCCUGGGAAAAUUGUUAGUGCCGAUUGUGAAAAUGCUUAUGGCCAAGAAUAUGGGGUGGGGCCUACUUCUUGCUUGCUUCAAUCCUUGAUAUCAUCAUCAAGAGUUUCAUGCACAAGCUUUAAUGUGAUGGACUAUGGAGCCAAAGGUGAUGAAGUGGAAGAUGAUUCACAAGCAUUUUUGAAUGCAUGGAAUGAUGCUUGUUCUUCAUCCUCACUUCCCUAUCCACAAGUGAUCAUUCCUGAAAACUCAACAUUUCUGGUUAAUCCACUUACUUUUAAUGGCCCCUGCAAGUCUGAAUAUAUCUAUUUCCAGAUAUUAGGGACAAUUAAAGCACCAAGCUCACCCGAGAGUUGGGACGGGCGCGACGCAAGCCAGUGGCUAGCAUUUAGGGGUGUCAAUGGGCUAAAGGCUGAGGGUGGAGGGAUAAUUGAUGGACAAGGAAAGAAAUGGUGGGAUCAAUCUUGUAGAUAUCAUCCUGAUCUGAAAGGCUGCACAAAGUUGGCUCCAACAGCAAUGAAGUUUCUUUCAUGCAAUAACAGCAGUGUGAGCAACAUUCAUUUUAGCAGCAGCCCUCAAACACACGCACUUAUAUUUGGGUGCAAUGGCUUCAAUGUUAGCCAUGUGAGUGUUGAGUCUCCUGGAGAUAGUCCAAAUACUGAUGGGAUUCACAUUCAUGCCUCGCACCAUUUGAGCAUUACCUAUUCCAAUAUAAGUUGUGGGGAUGAUUGCAUUUCUAUUGGAGACUACACUUCCAAUAUUGAAAUAAACAAUGUUCAAUGUGGGCCAGGCCAUGGUAUAAGUAUUGGAAGCUUAGGAAAGAGUGGGAAUUUUGUACAAGUGGAAGACAUUCAUGUCUACAACUGUACCUUCAAUGGGACAACAAACGGAGCUCGGAUCAAGACAUGGCAGACUGGCAGAGGAUACGUCCGGAACAUAACAUUCGAAAAUCUGCAACUCUUUUCAGUAGAUAACCCCAUCAUCAUAGACCAAAACUACUGCGAUGUUCGCGGGGCAUGCAAAAAAUUGGCAAGUGGGGUUGAAAUCAGCGAUGUAGUGUAUCAAAACAUAACUGGAACAGCAAGAAGAGAAACAGCCAUAAACCUAAACUGCAGUAGAUCUGUAGCGUGCACUGGAAUAAGAAUGGAGUCCAUAGACAUAACAGCACAGGCAGCCUCAGGGACGGUGGCUGCUUAUUGUAGCAAUGCUCGUGGACAGGAAAGUGUUGUGGAGCCUGGGCCUUGUCUCCAACAACUCUGAUUAAAUUGUACCAUGUAA